AUGCCAGCGUCUCAGGAAGAGGUCUUACGACACAUAUCUAAUGCUAUGCCUCCAGCAGGAGCUGGGGACUGCUGCGAGGCUCUAAAUGCAGCGGCAUCCGAGGUUUUUCUUCGUCGCCGCAGCAUGCAGAGCCUCAAGAGUGGGCGCAGCUCUGUAGACAGGAGAUCGGUGUGCGGCGAUGGAGAAGUGCCAGCCGUCACGGAGAGUGGAACUACGCCUCCUUCUGAUGCUGAUGAGCAGAACCUAACGUACGAGCGUCUAAAAAACCUUCGACCGUGUCCGCCUGUGACAAUAUCUUUCGACGAACUGUCUUUGAAAGUGAACGUCCACAAGAGGUUCACCGGAGUGCUCGCUCUCCCAUUUGUAAAUCAGAUUGCACGUGCUGUAACUCCUUCUCAGAGCAAGACGCUCCUUAUGGAUGUCAGUGGGACUGUGCACCCCGGAGAGAUGGUGGCACUUAUGGGGGCCAGCGGAGCGGGCAAGUCCACUCUUCUCAACGUUUUGAGUCGUCGAAUCGUCACAAAUGGGGGUUCUGUAUUAUUCAACGGCAAGACGCUGGGGCCCGCUGAAGUGAAGCGAAUCUGCUGCUACAUACAACAAAGUGAUAUAUUCUACGGAUUCCUAACAGUAGAGGAGCAUCUAGACUGCGUGGCAAGACUGCGGACUGGAUGGAAAAAGGAAGAGAGGUCGAAGCUUGUUGAUCGUCUGGUGGAGCUCUAUGGCCUGACCAAAGUCAGAAACUCGAGGAUUGGAAAUAUUCAGAUGGCGGCAAAGAGGGGCAUCAGUGGAGGGGAGAAGAAGCGUCUGAAUAUUGCUACGGAGAUGAUGACAAACCCGUCUGUUAUAUUUGCGGACGAGCCAACCACCGGCCUGGACUCGUUUAUAGCCGAGAAUGUUAUGCGUAUCUUCAGACACUUAGCAGAUCGAGGACGAACCAUUAUAUGCACGAUUCAUCAACCGAGCUCGAAUAUAUUCAAUAUGUUUUCAAAAGUGCUUCUUCUUAGCCAAGGCCGUGUGGUGUUCUACGGAGACCGCGAGGCGACUCUGUUGUACUUCUCGCGUUUGGGCCUCCCGUGCCCACCUUUCACCAGUGUCCCAGAAUUCCUUCUUGAGUUGCUCGUGAAACAGCAGCUUAGACAAGGCAAACAACCAGACGAUGCAAUUGAAUUAACUCCUGAGAAACUGGCAGAACGGUGGAAACACACAGGCGUUGCCUUUGUUGCUGAGUGGGCGAAUGUGCGGGAGAAGCACAUCCAGGCAAUGCAGGAUGCUGGAGCUUUUCAAAGCGGCCACGGUGGACAGGAUGCUGAAAUAAGCAAGACAGAGACGCGAAGUCCCGUCGAAAUGGAGUUAGAGCCGGCGAAGGAGCUUUCCGACAAGUAUAAGCCCAGCUGGUCCGAGGAAUUAUGUACCUUGAUUCAUCGAAGCUUUAUCAGCAAUAGGAAGCCUUGGUAUGGUUUCUGUGCUACAAACGUUCACCAGCGACAAGGUGUUGGCCGUACGAGAGUACCAGGCCGGUCUGUACCGCCUUACCUCGUAUUAUUGCGCAUUGCGUGGUAUAUGGUUGGCCUGAACGAUGCACCAGUGCGCUGGCUACUGGGCCUGCUGUUCAUCUUGCUGGCAACCAAUAGUGCCAUUUCAAUUGGCUAUGUAAUAUCCAGUGUGGCUCCUACUCUGCAGUUCGCCUCGACAAUGAUACCCAUACUGUUCAUGCCCCUUGUCCUCAUGUCCGGAUUCAUGGUUAUUUUAUCUAACAUGCCAAGGUUUUGGAUUUGGCUACAGUACAUCUCGCCUUUCCGGUGGGGGUGGUCUGGCGUGAUGCACGCAGUUUGGGAGGGAGUUGAGUUGGAUCCGUGUCCGCCUGAAGUUCUCCCUCCCCAGUGCUACUCAACUGGCGAACAGGUACUGCGGUACUACGCCCUAGAUCAGGACUCGUACUGGUUUAGCGCCUUGAUGCUUCUGAUACAGAUCAUCCUAUACCGGCUGCUGGGUCUUGGAUUUCUCUUACUAAUCAACCGCCGCAAGUGA